GCCGGCCGGAGGGAGGGAACAUGCAGCGGGCCGCGCUCUUCAGCGGCGGCGAUGCGCAGAUGGCCGCCGGGGACCUGGGCGAGCUGCUCGUCCCCUACAUGCCCACGAUCCGGGUGCCCAAGUCAGGGGACCGGGUCUACAAGACGGAGUGUGCCUUCUCCUACGACUCGCCUGAUUCAGAAGGAGGUCUCUAUGUGUGCAUGAACACUUUUCUGGGAUUUGGAAGGGAACACAUUGAAAGACAUUACCGGAAGACAGGACAGUGUGUGUAUCUGCAUCUGAAACGACAUGUGAUAGAGAAGAUACCAGGAGCAUCUGGUGGAGCUUUACCAAAAAGGAGGAAUGCUAAGCUAUUUUUAGAUCUAGAGUUAAACAGUGAUCUCAACAGUGAUGACUUUGAAUAUGAGGACGAAGCAAAGCUUGUUAUAUUUCCUGAUCACUAUGAAAUCUCAUUACCCAACAUAGAAGAGUUACCAGCACUGGUGACUAUAGCUUGUGAUGCACUCCUCAGUGCAAAGUCACCCUACAGGAAGCAGGAACCUGACUCCUGGGAAGAAGAGCUACAAGCAUCUAAACAUGCCAAAACACUUGUACAGAUAGACAACGGUGUCAGAAUUCCCCCCAGUGGUUGGAAAUGCUCAAAAUGUGACCUGCGGGAGAAUCUGUGGCUAAACCUGACAGAUGGUUCAGUGUUGUGUGGCAAGUGGUUCUUUGAUGGCAGUGGAGGGAAUGGGCAUGCAAUGGACCACUACAAGGAGACAGGUUAUCCCCUGGCAGUGAAGUUGGGAACCAUCACUCCUGAUGGAGCAGAUGUCUAUUCCUUUGAUGAAGAGGAGCCAGUUUUAGAUCCACAUAUAGCAAAACAUUUGGCACACUUUGGAAUUGAUAUGCUGCAGAUGCAAGUGACAGAGAAUGGGCUGAGAGAUAAUGAUAUAAAACCAAGAGUCUCUGAAUGGGAAGUGAUCCAGGAAGCUGGCAUGAAGCUCAAGCCCAUGUAUGGCCCAGGAUACACUGGCAUGAAGAACUUGGGAAAUAGCUGCUACCUCAAUGCUGUCAUGCAAGCCAUUUUCAGCAUCCCAGAGUUCCAGCGGGCGUAUGUGGGAAGCCUUACACGAAUAUUUGACUACUCUCCUCUUGAUCCAACACAAGAUUUCAACACUCAGAUGGCUAAACUGGGACAUGGCCUUCUUUCAGGCCAGUACUCUAAGCCACCCAUGAAAUCUGAGCUUAUUGAGCAGGUGAUGAAAGAAGAACACAAGCCUCAACAAAACGGAAUAUCUCCCCGAAUGUUUAAAGCUUUUAUAAGUAAAGGGCACCCAGAAUUUUCCUCUAACAGGCAACAAGAUGCACAGGAAUUUUUCCUACACCUUAUAAAUCUAGUAGAGAGGAACCCAGUGGGUUCUGAAAACCCUAGUGAUGUUUUCCGGUUCCUGGUGGAAGAACGCACGCAAUGCUGCCAGUCCAGAAAGGUUCGCUACACGGAGAGGGUGGACUACAUCAUGCAGUUACCUGUGGCCUUGGAGGCAGCAACAAACAAAGAUGAAUUAAUUGCCUAUGAGCUGAAGAGACGAGAAGCAGAAGCUGCGAGGAGGCCUCCACCAGAGCUCGUUCGUGCCAAGAUCCCAUUUAGUGCCUGUUUGAAGGCCUUUUCUGAACCUAGCAAUGUGGAGGAUUUCUGGAGCAGUGCCCUUCAAGCAAAAUCUGCAGGAGUUAAGACUUCUCGUUUUGCUUCCUUUCCUGAGUAUUUAGUGGUGCAGAUCAAGAAAUUCACCUUUGGCCUUGAUUGGAUACCCAAAAAACUUGAUGUGUCCAUAGACAUGCCAGAUUUCCUAGAUAUCAGCCACCUUCGGGCCAGAGGUCUCCAGCCAGGAGAAGAAGAACUUCCAGAUAUUGCUCCUCCCAUUAUCAUUCCGGAUGACCCAAAAGAUCGUAUGAUGAACCAUCUCAUGGAGUCUCUAGAUAUUGAUGAAUCUUCAGUUAUGCAACUGGCAGAGAUGGGUUUUCCUUUGGAAGCAUGUCGGAAAGCUGUGUACUAUACAGGCAACUUGGGUGCUGAAGUGGCUUUCAACUGGAUCAUUGCACACAUGGAAGAACCAGACUUUGCUGAGCCUUUGGUCAUACCUGCAUUUGGAGAAGUUACUUCCAGUGGAGCAGCUGCAUUAGGAGCUGUAGGGCUAGAUAACCAGCCUCCUGAGGAGAUUGUUGCAAUUAUUGUUUCCAUGGGCUUCCAAAGGAAUGUAGCAAUUCAAGCACUGAAGGCAACAAACAAUAAUUUGGAGCGUGCACUGGAAUGGAUCUUUAGCCACCCUGAACUAGAGGAAGAAAGUGAGCCUGCUUUGAACAUGAUGGAUAUGGAGAAUCAUGCUAAUGCCAAUAUCCUUGCAGAGACAGGAUCAGAGGGACCCAGGAUCAAAGAUGGGUCUGGAAGAUAUGAGCUGUUUGGGUUCAUCAGCCACAUGGGAACAUCCACAAUGAGUGGCCACUAUGUUUGUCAUCUCAAAAAAGAAGGAAGAUGGGUGAUCUACAAUGACCUUAAAGUCUGUGCCUCAGAGCGACCUCCCAAAGACCUGGGCUACAUGUAUUUUUACCACAGGGUACCAAGUUAGGCCUCAAAUCUUUUACCUGGCCUUAAGAAGCCAUAAGCCUUUUUAGCCUGCCCAAAAAAAGUGCACAAUAAAAAAGAAAAUCUACAACCAAAAAAAGACCUCUAACCCUUGGACUGCCAAAAAGUAAAGGAAAACGUGGGGUAGUUUAUUUAAACACAGUAAUUUGAUGCUGCCUUAAGUAUUAGAGGGAAAAUUUCUACUAGGUGAUGUAUAGUACAUCGUUUUAAAUUUAUACACCUUAAAGGAUACCUUAAGACCAUGUGUAUUACUGGUGGGAUUUGCAGCUCUUAUGUGGGGUAAAUGGAAGUUUCGGAGUUGAACAAAAAUAACCUGGUUCAGCCCAUCUCCUGUUUUGUCCAUGCAUCUCUUGAAGACCAUGAAGAAAUAUUUGCAUCUUUGGUAACUGGGAGCCAGUGUUUUCAACCCAAGUCUAGACCACUUAGAGAAAUCAUACUGCUUAUAAAGUUGGAAGGAAGGGGUGUGUGAGUGUUCUUCAGAGCAGAAUGUUUCAUUUGAGAGAUUGGUUUUGCUACAAUGAAAAAAGUCAACUGAAGUUAUAUCUGUUAGAAUUCAGUUUUAUAGUAUUUUUGUUUACUGCAUAAAGAAACUCACGGAGAUGGAAGCAAUCUUCUGUCAGUGGCCCGUACAUUUUCUGCCAAAGAGAAAUAGUAGAUUUUAUUUUUGCAGACAUAGGUUUCUUCAUCUUUUCUUGAAUGUUUGUUUUGCAAGUUCUUCCAACAGAUUCAGGAUUACAGGUGGCUCAAAUAAGUGGUAAUUUUCUGACUAUAAAAUUGAAUGCAUACCCUCAGGAAAGGCAAGGCUAUUAUUUAAAUUUUAUUUUCUUAUGAAGCAGGUAAAGAGGAGGUUAAUAUCCCAUUUAUUUAUUUCAGGGAAAUUUACAUCUAUAACGCUCACAUUCCAGCUGAAAUAAACCCCCUGACAAACUAAGAACCCGCAGUGCAAUUCUACUUCCUGCAAUUCUACUUCCUUUCCAUCUGUGAGGGGGGACAAUAUCUUAGAAAAAUUGCAGCUUUAUUUAUCUGCUUCUCUCUCCUCCCUUCCUUAAAAAACUAAACACUUCCUCCCCGCCCCACCACCAAGACCACCACCACCAAAACCCACCUUGAAAUGAUGCUUCAGCUUUCUUAAAAGUUGCAAACACACCAAGAAUCUGAUCUCUUCAACUGACAGCUUCAGAAAUGGGUUUUAUAUCUUUGACAGGGAUGGAGGGGUAGGUACAGGCUGGCUUUUCCUGUGUGGUUUGGUGGGGGGGUUUUUGUUUGUUUUUAGGUGUUUUUGUUUUUUGUUACUUCAAGUUUAUGUCACAGGGGGUUUAAAUUUUGGGGGUUUAAAUUGUAUUUGAAAACUCUAAUUCUAGAAAAAAAUACAAUGGUGAGUGCAAAACUACUCAUGAUUGCAAAAAAAAUCAAAUGUUCACAGUAUUGGCUGAUCUUAUUGAGUCCUCAAAAUGAAUUGGAUCAUUCAAGAAAGAAAAACAACCAGAAAAAAAGCCUACAGAGUGCAUGUGAGGCAGGGAUCCCAUGUGUGUGGAGGUGCAAUUACAUUAUCCCUGUAGUUAGUGCCUGCAAGUUUAAUAGCAAAAUUCAGGCAGCUACACACGACAUUCAGAAGAGAACCCAAACCAAAAAAAUCUGGUUAUGAGUAAGGCAUUCUAUAUUUUCCAGCAUUUGAGGAAAAAGAGUUCUCAUUCUGGUCAUAUCUCAUGCAGAGCCAGAAAAAAAAAAAAAAAAAAAAAAAAAAAAAAGACAUUGUUUGGUUGUGUAUUUUAGAAAAAAAACAUUAUCUUAAAAGAUUGAGAGAAAUUCUAGUGCAAUAAUUCUGUAGAGUGUAAAUGAUGCACAAGUGCUGGGAAAGCCUCCUGCACUUAGAGCUGUUACUGACACAAAAGAAUGACCUCCUAGCAAAUUGGUAAGUGGCUCCUGUGAGACUGAGCUGCCUUGUAAUUAUUGAGCCACCAGUCCUGGACAAAAUAAAAGCUGCUAGAAAUUUUUUCCUUCUUCCAGUAUUUGUGUAUUUCACCAGAAAAUGUCAGAUUUGAAAAUGGGAUCAGUAAAUUACACAGAGAUACAUCUCCUAUUUAAAGUGAAAGAACAAAACUUCUGUAUAUCUGUGGUUGUACUUUUUCAUUUUGGCAGUACAAAAAGUACAAAAGGCCCCUUUUAAUAAAUUUUUUGAUGCCUUGUUCUACUCCAAGGAAGUUCAACACAAUAGCUUCCCUCUUGCCUCAUGAUCUUAAAGGGCUAGUUACAAACUAACAAGAUCUGGUGGCCACUGUCUUUUUGUUUAGAAACCUGGGGUAAAUAAAGGUCAACAGAGUUGUUCCCAUGUUCAUUAUUAAACUGCAAACAUGGCUGCUCUUAUAGGAUUAACGACAGAGCCUGGACUCUUGCAAACCCUUUUCUGUGGUAUAGCCUGAAACUGGAAUGGCUGUGGGACUGCUUGUUCUUGGUUUAAUUGGAGGCACACUUAGAAAGCUGGCUAGUGAUAAACUGAAAAUAGUAAAUGGAAGGGGAGAGCCAUUUGCUGCCUGUGGAAUUUCAGCUUCUGAAAUUCUUUUCAGUUCAUCACUAUUAUGUACUUCUUGCUUAAACUACCAAGCAGGUCAGAAGUGCAGGAUGAAGAUGAGGGGAAAGGCUUAUGGAUCUCUUAAAAUGUAGCACUUGAAAACAUGUUCCUCAUCUGUUUGAGGAAUUAUUAUUUCCCAAAGCACUGUCUUUCCUUCUUUUUCAAAUAAGCAGUCAGGUCAUCUCACUUUUGUGAUGGGAUGUGUGAAGAACAUCAUGAAUCUGGAGGAGCAGGACGUAAACUCCUGACUCUUCAGUCUAGUGUGAGAGAGUUUUGUUAUGUUUUUUUUUUUAAACCUCAGCAUGCAGAAGCCACAAUCAGACAGACUACUGAACAGGUGACUAAUCUAUCAGGCUUUGCCUUCUAACAUUUGUAUGUAAUUAGUUGUUUCUAGCCAGGCUUCAGUGCACAUCCUGAGCAGUGGCUGAUGAGAACAUGCCAGGUGUCUGGGACUGGAAUAGCUGUUGGGGGGUUAAGGUGUGCUGAGAACUUCUUGACAAAAAAGGAUGGAGGAAGAAAAAUCACUGUGGGCUCUUUGGGACAUUCUAACCUGAGAAUUAUGUCAAGCCAGGUACUGGCAGUAUAUUCCUAGCAACGUGCAAGAUCCAUUCUGAGUCACAAUCUCCUGUCUCAAAAACAAAUGUAGACACAGACCCCUGAUUAGUCUUCCUAGCUAUAAUUAGGUUAUCCUAUAAUUAGGAUUUAAAAAAUAAUUUAUUCAAAGUUAUGUUUUAAAAACAAGCCUGGAAGAUUCUGCACUACUAUCACUUGUAAUUCUGAGUUCAGUGGCAUUGCUUCUGCCUGACUUUGGUGCAACUGAAACCAGAGUCAAUCCAACCCAUUUUCUUGGCAGCCUUCACUGGGUCAUAUUCUGAAUCUGAAUGCAACCAGAACUCACUAGGUUGCUUUACAAGCAUCUCCAAUUCAUUCCUUUUGUUCUCCAUCCUGGCAGGAGCCAUUUCUUUUUGUUGUUUUAAUGCAUUGAAAGACUAUGCAAAAAAUGCAUAACUGGAAUAACUUUUUAUCCUUUUCCCACCACUUUUCCUGCAUCAGUGGCUGAGAUCAGUUUGUGAUUUCUAUUCACUCUUCAUGGUUUUUCUGUUGUAUCCCUGUGUCUUUACUGGUUUAUUUUGCACCAUUCAGAGUUGUUUGCUUGAAGCACUGUUAACAUUCUGGAGAGUAUUUGUCUGAGAUGAGAGGUUGUGAAUGACAUUGUUGCAUCUGUUUUAAAUUAAAAAGAAAUGUUCGCAGA